AUGCGCGACAACGAGAAUGAGAGUUUGAGCACGCGCGACGACGCCUCGAUUAUGGAGGUUGAAAUUGGCGCCACGAGCGCCGCAGGCGGCGGCGGCGACGUCGAGAUGGAAGGCGCCGGGGCCGGCGAGGAGACGCCGUACGAAAAGGGCCCCGUUGAGGACGCCGAGGCGAGCGUGAUCCAGGAGGAACCCGCGGCCGAGACGCGCCCCAGCUUCAUCGAGUACCUGGCGAGCCCCGUCGUGACGCUACUGGUCGGGCAGGAGGCGCAGACGGUGCUGACGGCGCACCAAGCGCUCCUGACCAAGAGCCCGUACUUUGAGCAGCUGUGCCAGAGCUUCAUCGAGGACGGAAGCCCGCGAUCCAUUGAGCUUCCCGAGGAAGACUACAACGCCAUGGGCAGCUUCCUCGAGUUCCUGUACACGGGCGAGUACUUUCCCCGCAAGGUGCCUGGACAGCGCGUGCUCGAGCACGACCCGACGGCGCCGGGCAUUGACGACAACGGCGACCACCUGCUGCGCCACGCGCGCAUCUACACAAUCGCCGACAAGUUUGGCAUGGAGCUGCUCAAGAAGCUGGCCUCUUCCAAGAUCCACUGCAUCAAUUCGACCGCCCGCGGCGAGCUCGCCUACGCCCGCUACGUCUACGCCCACACCGCGCCCGACGACGCCGCAGUCCGCGCGCCCAUUGCCAGCUUCUGGGCCGCCCGCUCCCACGCCCUCCGUGCCGAGGCCGAGAACGAGUUUAAGAGCCUGUGCUUGGAGCACCCGCAGUUUGGUUAUGACGUGCUGACCCGUGUUUUGGAUGAUAAGCUCAAGCGAGAGCGAAACGAAAAGAUGCACCCCGCUACAACUAGCAGCGGCCGCAAGCGCUCACGCCUCAGCCAAAGCUCCCAUUAA